GGCGGACAACAGACCCAUCGCAUACUUCCCAAUCACUACGGCCUGAUAAAGGAUUGUUUGUGGGUCUGGCUCAGCUCCCUCAACUACAGCUUCAGUACCCACGAGGGUCGCUUCACUUGGCAUUAGUUGAGUGUAUGUAUUCCUGAUGGCUGACCUGUGAGGGAGCCACUAAUGAUAGCGAUUCCAAGACAACUCCUUUUGAUACAGCAGCUCUACUACAUGAUCGCUCAAGUUUUUCCAAGCUCAGUCCCAGCAACGGACUGAAGGCAGAUGGGUGCAAGUUCUGGACCUCCCAGGAAUUUCCAACCUAGGGGAACGACCCUGAGUGCAGAGCUUGGCCGCCCGGUUGAAGCUGAGGAGUAAGCAAUGUUCUGAUUGGUUAUCAAACCCUGGCAGUUCCAGGUAUUCAAAGUGAUUGAAAUUGGCAGCACCCAACAGUCUCAGAGAGUUCAAUAUUAGAUCUGCAACUCUGUUCUGGCGGCUCGGUUGCCAUUCCUUCGAGCAACCCCUAUCAACAGGGUGGAGAAUGGGUGACACAGUUUUCAGCUGUGACCUUUACAACACUGUUUCGAUAUUGGGUCAAAAAAAGCAAUGUCAAGUCUGUCAUGGUCCAGAAACCCCAAGUCAUGUACAUGUGGCUAUCAGAUCAAGUCUGUCCGGCGAGGGUCGUACGACUGCACUUGUGUAAGCGAUAGAACUUUAAAACCGCUGUUCACGGGUUAAACGCUAUCAUAUCAUAUAUAUUGAGGCUAUUUGGGCCACGCAUGUUGAUCCACAAAACCACUACAAUUUUCCUGAUAACGAUUGAUUGAACGGUUUGUGUUUGGAAUCGGCUGAAAAGCUGUAGGGUUACAGCAGAUUGCAACUCUUGGGCGAGCCAUUGAGACGACAUGCCUAAUUCGGAGUGGCAAUCGUAUAUAUUUUUGUCAAACUACCGAUCCAAGGGUUUGACAGCCUCCCUUGCCUUGUCCUGGAGGGUCCGAUGAUGUGAUAACUGGAGCGAAGCGACUGGGGAAAAGUGAGAGCGGUAUCAAGCCAUAUCAUAGUGUAAGGACUUGAUGGGUGAACGUGCAGCUUUACGUCAAGGACAAAAUUAUGCGCCACUCUCCUACACUCAUACUGUACUGCAGUUAUGAGUGGAACCAAUCAUAUAUACAUAUCAAGAGGGUACUUGGAGUCGGACAAUUCUCCUCUCAACGCAGCAAGCUCCUGCGCCUGACAUCAUUGCAGGUUGCAGAGAAUAUGGCCUUGUUGAUCAAAUAUGUUUUUCUCGGAGCGAUCAUGUAAGAAGCCGAGAGCCUCAACUGUCAAUUGCCUUCCACAAAGACUUGCCCUGCCUACGGAUGGUGGGUGUCCCGAGCCCAAGUUGGUUAGCGAGACACGAAACACGAAGGAGAGAAGAGAAAACAUAGGGCGCGUGAAGGUCCCAGUAGGCUGGGAACAUGGUGAAAGAAAGGGAGGAUCAUGUUUGUGCGUGAUCGAGGACACACCGGAUCUCUUGUGCUACCGGUCGAAAGCAUACAUACGUCGAACUGAUAGAUCAAAUGUCAUGUCACACGAGUCACGAAAUGAUUGAUGGUCAGAGAAGACAGAUGCACAGUCGUAGGGCUGGCGGGUGACGGAUGACGGAUGACGGAUAGCCACAGGAAUCCUCCUAUCGUGUCGUGUCUAACAAGCUAGGAAAAGAAACGAAACAAAACCAUGAAUCAAAAGGUUGCUAGCAAACAUGACGGUUCCUUGGCUUCCGUCGCAGCAAACGCCACAACAGGGGUAGCUCUUGGGGUGACACAAACACCCGUUUCUUACCAAGAUCUGCUGCCCCUGUUGAAAUGAUCUGCUGCCGUCGCAAUGUCUCGGAUCGGUAAUGGGUCCCGGGGCCGAAAUAUCACGGACAUGUCAAGUGCAAGGCUUGCAUGGCUUGCAUGCUCAGUCUCGUCACAAUCCUGACGACCCAUACAACACAGCACAAUACUGGCCCUUCUCCUGAUCUCGUCGGACUUUGUGAGACAGCAUUUUAGGGGUUCUCGGUGUCAUCGAUUCGACUAUCUUCGCUUCACAAUACAAUACACUACACUCCAUGGAAUGAAUAUGAGGCUCGGCCCCCCCUUGGACCAAUGUGAUGCAAGGAGGGUGGGAUGUGAUACUCGAGGAAUUGUACGGAUACCGUGCGUCGUGGAUCUAGUGCAUCUUGGCAAGUCUCUACGCCGCUCGUGUGCUUAAUCUCGUUCGUGCAGGAUCGUGACAUGAGUCACUGGGCUUCUCCAGAAGAUACAGUACUGCAAGUUCUCCUUGGGUGCUUGGCAAGCCUGUCACAUCUCGAAUUGGAAACAGUACAGCCUGUCCCAAAUAUGCUAGUACGUAAGUCUUGUCUCGGCAAACUCGAGUGAGUAAACUGCCAAGGCGCAUGUUCGAAGCCUACUGUAGUGUGUGUAGUGCAGUGUACUUUACUGUAUUGUACUCGGUCAGUCAGCAAGUGCCUUUCCUAUCAGGUCCUUGGCCCGGUCGCUGUGGUUCAUCUCGAGGGCCAGCUCCCGCCCCCUUUCUCCCAUCUUGCCCCAUGUCUUCUGGAGGAUGCCUAUCAUUUUUGCCUCGUCCAGAUCUGACUUCUUCUCAAAGUCGUCAAACUGAUCGUCGAGAAAGACCAGGCAUGCUGUGUCCUCAAGGACCUGUGUCUCUUCAUCCGCCUUAAGGUUCUCCUUGCGGAUCAGGGCAGCCACUCGGGCGCGGUCCUCCUCGGGGAUGGGGGGUUGAAUCUCUGGAGAAGCAAGGAGCUCGGCAACUUGAGUGGCGGCUUGGGCCUUGAGCUUUGCUCUCCAAGUCAAGUAGCCGGGACGAGUCAUUGGGUAGCUGCUUCGAGGGAUCUCCCAUCUGUGCAUGUCUGUAAGUACUGGGACUCGGGAGGAGCUUCAGACACUUACCUUCGAAAGUGCUGUGCUCGACAGGCGAGCUGGAGAACGGGGCUGGCGUCAGGGCAUCGGCGGGUGAGCCACUUGGUCAUCUUUUGAGCGUAGUUGAGCUCGAAUGGGAUCGUGGUUCCAUCAGGGGCUUCGACUGUCCUUGAAUCUUGGGCAUGAGCAGCGUCGAUGAGCUCGAGGCCUCGGGCGUACUCGGCGGGGAGGGGAGGGAGAUGGUCAGUCAUUGUGAGGCCUUUGUGGAUAGUCUGACACUGUCCAAUUGUCUAAUCGGAUGCUGUCCUGGACACUGUGAGUGAUUAGCGGACAGAAAAGAGCGAGAUUCGAGAAUGUAUGGAUAUCUUUGAACUGUGUGUGAUGAAGACGAUAAAGCCUCGGAUGGUGUCGUGAGAUGAGUCAGCAGCAUUGGCAGAUGUCCCAUUGGAUUUAGUGUGCGUGGGUGCUGUGCUCCGUGGGACUAUCUCCGAGGACCACGGUCACAUCAUGAUAUGGGAACAACAAUAGACGGUUUGACAUUAAGUUUUUACUUUCCAUGCAGACUUAAACAGCUGCUCUGGGGCAAUGCAGUGUGUGUACGUAUAGCACCUUGGUUAGUUCUAGUUGUUCAGUGGGACAACUGCAAUGGGUUAUUGUUCCAUGUGCCAGUGACAAUGUUCGAGCCCAGAUGCAAAAAGCAGCACAAACAAGGAGAUUCUGGCCUUCCAUUGUACACUCCGUGUUCCCGGCAUCCAAUAGAAACAAGUGCAUAGAGAAUAUAGGCCAUUGCUCG